AUGCCCGCGCGCAACGCCAUGCCCUGGCUCGCGGCGUGCGUGGAGAGCGUGCUGACGCAGCGCGACGUCGCGCUCGAGCUCGUCGUCGGCGACGACGGCAGCGACGACGGCACGCGCGAGUGGCUGCUGACGCUCGAGCGCGCGCUCGAAGCGCGAGACUCGAACGCGUCGAGCGACGCGGGGACGCGCGCGAGCGAUGGGUUCGCGGAGGACGCGCUGACGGGGGACGCGACGCGGGCGCGGAGGCGAGGCGCGGAGGACGUCGCGAGAGCGGCGUCGAGGACGUGCGAGAUGCGCGUGCUGUUGCUCGAUCGCGACCGGGAGGGGAAGAGUCCGAGUGGACAAGGGUUGGCGCUGAACGCGUGCUUCGAGGCGUCGCGAGGAGCGUUGGUGGGGGAGAUGGAGUCGGAUGAUUUGCGGCCGCCGGACGCGUUUCGAUCGCUCGCCGACGCGCUCGAGGCGAACGCGGAGUGGGACGCGGCGACGUCGCGCAUCGAGCUGUGUGGGACGGAGCGCGAGGGGAUGAAAAGGUUCGAACGGUGGCAAAAUGGCUUGCUCGAACCGCGCGAGCUGGCGCGAGGUCGAUUUAUUGAGAUUCCCGCGCUUCGCGCGUCGGCGCUCUUUCGGCGAGCCAAGCUCGAAGAGUUGCGCGCCAAGACGCCCGAGGGGGCGUUGUACAGAGACUUGUGGCGCACGGACGACGGCGCGGUGUCGGAUUUCGCGACGUGCGCCAGAGGAACGCCGGCGCCGGACGCGCGUCCGCAUCGAUGGUGGCCGGUGGAUUCCGACUUUUGGCACCGCUGGUUUCACCACGGUUUCACCGUCGGCAAGGUGCCGCGCGCGCUGUAUUACUGGCGACAGUACGACGCUCAAUCCACGCGCACACACUCGCGGUGCUCGCUCGAGCAGCUUCGUCGAUGCAAGGCGUACUUCCUCGUCGCCGCCGCGCUCGAGGGCCAGUUUUCCGCGACGCCGUUGCGCGAAAUUCGCGUGUACAGCGUCGGCGAAACCCUUCGCGCGUGGAGCGAAGCCGUGCGUCGAGAGAUCGACUGCCAGUGCCCCCGACGCCGUCCGAGCGACAUUCCGCGCCUCAUCGUCGCCCCUCGCGCGCACAAACCCGCCGCACUGUGUGCGUCCGGGUUUCUCGCGCGCGACGUCGACUCGGACGACGAUUCCGUCCUUCGCGUCUUCGCCUUUGGUUCCGAGCGACCUCGCGAGCGCGUCGCCGCCGCCGUCGCCGCGCUCGCGCGUCCGGACCGUUUUCCCCACGUCUUCGUCGCCUAG